AUAUAAUUAACUGUCAAGAUAAACAAGAUGGUGAAGCAAUUGACACUUUUAGUAAUAAUUGCUGUUGUGCUAAUAUUAGGAGAAGUCUCAGCACACUUCGUCAAAGUCAGGGAAGAAAGAUGUUUGCAACCAAUUCUGCGUGGUGAAUGUAAUGACUAUCACACAAGGUAUGCCUACGAUCCGGAGAUAAAUAAAUGCGUGAGAUUUAAAUAUGGCGGCUGCGGAGGGAGCUCGAACGAGUUCCUUCACCAUCAUGAGUGUCGACAUGCUUGCAUAAUAUAAUUAAAUACGAGGAUUCAAUCAGCCUAUCGCCAUCUACUAAACGUAGGCAAAUGAGCGCCUACCACGCCGGUCCGCUGCCCGCCGCUUUUCAAGUCUAAUAAAUAAAAAAGUAAAAAAAAAAUGUUGUUAAACGGUUUUAUAUUGCAGAUAAAUGUACUAAAAGC